AUUAUUCUCCUUCCUGUUUGUCUUGCUUUUGCCAUGUCUAGUGCAGACGCUCAUCCCGGUCAGCAUGGAACCUGCCAUCAGUGUGCUCGUCUCCCAGUUUAAGACUUUUGCAGCCAAAGACGGCAGCUCACACACCCUGAGCAAAGAAGAAUUCCAAAGCCUAGUGGCAUCUCAACUGCCAAACCUGGUCAAGAAUGCCUCCGAUCCCGCUGCGAUCGAACAGCUGAUGGGCUCACUGGACGAGAACAAUGACGGAGAACUGACCUUCCAGGAAUUCUGGCAGCUAAUUGGCAAGCUGGCAAGCAAGCAUGGAGGCUUCAGCUAAUAACAUUACGAUGUCAAAAAAAAUUUCACAUAUGCCACUAAUGCACAUGUAUGCAAAUCAGGUCAAAUACAUGUUUAUGACAUUCCCUUCUAGCUAUAACGUAAAGUUACAGUUAAUCACUGAGCAUGUGACCUAAAAUAA